UCACAGACCAGUUACACAACCUCUGCUCUGGCUCCAGCCUCCCAGAUUUAAAAGUCAAGCAGUUCUGUAGGUUUGAAAUGAUAACGGUUUGACAAUAUGCUCUCCAAAGUACAAUGUAUGCCUUCUGUGAAAAGGAUAUAUUUGAAUCGUUUGUAAUGUUUGUGUGGAAAACAGAGCGACAGCAAAGCUGCCCAUCCCAAGGGAGUGCAUCAUGUGUGAAAGCAAGCUAUUGUGAGAGAAAUGGCUUCUCGCCGCUCCAAGGCAGGUGUGAAGAUGAAUCUUCACAAGGCAGAAGCUUCUGAUACCGGGGAUGAAUAUGUCACACCUGGGGGUUAUGAGCUUGAUAAAAUUCUGAACCGUGGAAGUGUGGCAUACACUCACGUCAACGAGGUCUGGCCCAAUGUCUACAUUGGAAAUGAAGAGACUGCGAAAGACAAAUACAAUCUGAGGAAACUGGGAAUAACUCACAUCUUGAACGCAGCGGAGGGAACCUGGAAUAACGUGGACACAGGAGCGGGCUACUACAGCGACAUGGACGUGGUGUACUAUGGAGUAGUGGCAGAAGACGUCCCCACCUUCAACCUCAGCCAGUAUUUCCACUCCUCUUCCCAGUUCAUCCACCAGACACUCAGUAAUCCAGAGAAUAAGCUUCUGGUGCACUGUGUCAUGGGGAGAAGCCGCUCUGCAACUCUCUUCCUGGCCUAUCUGAUGAUCUGUAGGAACAUGACAGUUGUUGAUGCCAUCGACCAUGUGAAACAAUGCAGGAGAAUCAUCCCAAACUGGGGCUUCUUGAAACAACUCAGAGAGCUGGACAGUCGCCUUCUGGAACAGAGGAGAGUGGAUUCAGGGUCCGGACAAGGAAACCACCAGGCAACGGUAGAAGAGUAUCAAGAGCAGAGCAGAAAGCACCCAGAGGGAAAUUAAUUUCAUGUGGACCACUUUCACAGAUGUGUACAAAAAGAUUAUCGUCAAACAAGUGGGAUGUUUCCUAAGCCUUCAAACAUCCAUCUGUGGCGUACAGUAACUGUUAACACUGGCUCCAGAACUGUUUUAUAUGGGAGCGAUGUUCUGAACUUUUGGGGAAUCAAGAACUUAAGCUUGAGUUUUACAUUAAACACACCAUUCAAAUCUUCUGCAACUAGUCUGAUCUGGAGUCAAAGGAUUAGGAGCAUGUGCAUGGUCAAUCAUAAUUUAUUUUUAUGCUAAAAUGUACAGCGUUUUAAGUGACUGACAAAAGGAGAAAAGUCAUAAAUACAAGACUGUCAUUCUGUCCAAUUUUUGUGCACAAAGCCAGAUUGAUCCCCCUGUCCUUACCGGCCCCUCUGUACAUGUACAAAGUCUACAAAAGAGCAAUAUAAACAAAAACACAAGUACAAGUUGCUUUUUACAUGCAAUCCGUUAGCUUAGCUUGGUCUAUUCACACGCUCUACUCUUCUAUACUUCUGUAAAAUAUAAAUCCAACAUUUUAUAAAGAUAGAAAACAAAUCUACAGAUGGAAUGAAAAUGUAACUUUAAAGGCAUUAUGUAAAAUAUUGACUUUGGACUAAAUUUAUAUUUCUUUAUUGUUACUCACCAUAUCAUUUAGUAAUUUUGUAAAUGUUUUAUUCUGCCACAUUUCUGGACAUCGGUACGUUUUGAAAUGUUUUAGAAUUGUCAGGGUACAAACACAGAUAUGCUUUGUUACUUUGACAGAAAUCAGUCUGCUUUAUAAAACAGAAAGCUGCCUCAAGGAAAUCUGUUACAAAAGACUUCAGAAUUAUACAUACAGAGCAAUAAAACCUCUCAAACAGUACUGGAAA